GGGGUUCAUUCUUGGUUACAAUUUCGGGAACAAUAUCCCGGAGCUCGACGUCUCGAACCGCAUCCUGUCCGUCACCCCCCUGGCCUCCCAGAACAUCCCCAUCCUUUUCUCCGUGGGCUUCGGCCAGGCCUUCCCGUCGCUCAACCAGGAUUUCCUCCUCUUCGCGCUGUCCCCCGUCGGCCUCCCUGACGCGCCCCUCGCCUUCGUGGGGUUCCUGUGCUCCUCGAUCGAGGGCGUCGUGGCCCACCUCGGCCUCCUCGCUCGCAUCUUCUGGAUCCAGAGCGGGAUCAUCCAGGGGCGCGCGCUCUCGGGAGACCUGCUCGCGCUGGCCGCGGAAGUUUUCCUCUAUGACCUCGCCCAACAGAUAGAGGGCAACAGCCUCGGCCUUGUGAGGGCCUGCGCCGACGAUAUCGGCGGUGUCAUGUCCAAGGCUUCGUCCAUGGCCAACCUGGUGCUCAAGGUUGCCAAGCGCAAGCUCGCCCCUCCCUCGGGCCCGUUCUCGGCGAGCCUGGCCGGGCAGGUGGCCGUUGUCAUCAGCAUCGUGGUUCUUGAGUGGAGCCCUUUCGAGGUGAACGGUGACUGGCGCGCGCUGUGCAUGCUUGGCUCGGGGCGCCCGUGCCCUUCCUUCUGGCAGGCCGUCGCGCUUGUCGAGAACCUUGAGGCUGCGGCUG